AUGCCAGCGGGAGAAGAGAACAUUCGAUCGCAGUGUCAUGGUCGGCGAUUGGAAAUGUUGGCAGUGAUGGUUGAGGGAGGUGGAUUGCAGGAAUGUGUCAUGGUGAUCGGGGAGAUGGGAGCUGAUGCGACAGUUGUGACUGCUGGAGCAGGGCAGAUGGAGGUCGCUUUCGGUGGUGGAUGCGCGAUGUCAACAGCAGUAGCAGAAUGUGAGGCAAAAGCGCAUUCCAAAAGCGCCCGCCACGGCAUGCUGCAGUCAUUAUUCGGUCAUCAAACACCGCAAUUACGCCCCUGGUCUCGUGACCCUUCUAUUAAACGAAAUGCCUUUGUUCACUUCAUGUCUGGAGGUUCCAUCUCAACACUCAUUGCAUUCCAAGUCACUUGUCCAGCUCGUAUGCUACGCCUGAGCAGAAACUCUCAUCGCAUCCAUAUCCUUGACACAACACAACAGAGCAUCCUACACGUCUUAACAGCUAUCCGUGGAGAGGGAGGAGACGUCGCAAGGCACCAUUCCAUCUUCUUAGAGGAGCCACCUUCGAUCUCCCCCAUUGUACCUUCUUCGAGUGGACUUGCCUCUGGGCUGUUACGGAAGUUCCAACCUCUUCUCCAUUCCGACGGUACAUACACUGACCCCCUUUUUUCUUCUGCCAUCUUCAGAGAAGUGACAAAGCACUGCACAACUCCACUCACCACCCAGUUCUCUCAUUAUGUAUGGAUGCUUCGUUUCUAA